GGCAACAGUUCGUAAUGUACAAGUAUCUAAGUACCUCAGGUAAUCUACCACUUCUCGACUUUCCAACAGCUCUUAACAAGGCUCUCUCAAGCCCCCUCAUCCCACAACGACCUGCUUACUAGCCAGGAUAGUUGAAAAGGAAAUCGAGCACAUUGCUCAUCUACUUGAUACACUGUCCGCCAUCAGCUAUCUCCAACCGCUCUGGAAUAAUGGCGAGAUACAGCUACUCAAGCCGACGCUCGACCCCCGCCCCGAGCUAUCGGAGCAAAUCCCCACCGCCAGCUUACUCGGAGCGAACUCCCUUGGUCCGGACGGAAUACAAAAUAAGACAGGCUCAUAUCAACAUCCCCAGACCACCCGACACCGUUAUUUUAGAGUACUUCUUACUGUUCUUGUCGUUCGCGCUCGUUGUCUGCGUCAUCGGCCUUCCCAUAUUCUUCCUGCUGCACAGAGGCCCCGUAGUUCCACCCCUUCCCCCCCCUCCCCCCCCUGUACACUCUAUUGCUAUAGUCGGCGCCGGUCCGGCAGGAAUAUGUGCGGCUCAGCACCUAUACCACCAGGCCGAGGCUCGAGACAUCCACGUUAACAUUACUAUAUUCGAAUCUGCCCCUUUAAUCGGGGGCCAGCUAGCUCUCAACAGCUCCACCGGCGGCCCCGUCUUCCCCUACGACGAUCCCGCCCAGAAUCCCAUCAUCGCCGAGGACAUCGCCGGCACCGCUUUGUUAUGGGGUAAUCCGCUCUUCACGAAGACGUCGGAGAAGAUUCUCGGAGACAAGGUCCAGAUCUCUGAGGCUGGUAGUCAGCGGGUUAGCUAUUUUACCGGGGACAAAGUCGUCGCGCAAACCACGCGGCCCUACUCCAAGACCCCCUUCUUCGACUGGAUGGGCCUAAUAUUCCGCUACGGCACCUCGGUGUGGUCGGCCGGCGCCAUGGCGAAGCAAGGCGCGGAGCUGCAGGACCGCUUCGCGAACGCCCUGCCCCUAGACGUCCCGGGCGUCGCGCAUCUCAUGACCGCCGCCGGCGUCUUCGACUACGUGCGCAAGUCCUCGCCCCAGGAGCUCGCCGACCGCGGCAUCGCCGGUGAUUACGUCUCCGACAUCCUCGACCCCGAGGUGAGCCGCGUCUACCACGCCCGCAGCAUGCCCGAAGUCAGCGCCCUCACCCUGAUGCUCGCUGCCGGCGUAGAGGACACCGCCGCCGCGUACCAAGGCGGUGAGCUCCUCGAGCGCCUCGAGAUGGUCCUCGCCGCUGUCAGCGCCCGCGUUCGCGUCCGCGAGUCUACCGAGGUCCACGGCAUCAAGCACGCGCAGAUCAGCGAGAACGAGACCGCGUGGCUCGUCCAGUUCAGCACCAACCCCGACACCUCGAUACCCCGCCAAGCCGCGCCCUUCGACAAAGUCAUCAUCGCCGCCCCGUGGUUCGACUCGGACGCAGAUGCCGCCUCGGCCCUGGCGUACCGCGCCGCGCACGUCGUCUUCUUCACCGUGCCGCGGCGGAUCGACGCCUACGGCGGCGGCGACGUGAACCAGGUGCUGUUUCUCGAGAACGCGCUCGGAGGCGUCCGGGAGCUGGCGUUUGUCAGGGAAGUCGCUAGAAUCGCAGACGACGGCCGGAGCACCACCGAAUACCUCUACCGGGCUCUAGCGGACGAUGAUGCCCGACAGCGGCUGGAGCAGCUGGGCUUGGGGAUUACCUGGUUGUAUCAGAAGAAGCUCGAAAACGCCUACCCCUAUAUGUUCCCAGCCAGCCGUUUCCCCCCGUUCAAGCUAUCCGACGAAGGCCUCUGGUGGACGUCGCCCAUGCACAUGGUUGCGAGCACGGUUGACACGAGCUGCCACGCUGGUAAGAUAGUUGCAGAACAGCUUGUUAGUGAGCUGAAGAGAUAAGAGGUAGGGGGUUGGAGAGAGAGAGAGAGAGAGAAGGGGGGACUGAUGAUUCUCCCCAAAAACCCAAACGCUUGAAUACUACCUACCACGAACCACAUAUAACCCCUUAGUCAGUUAGUUAAUCACUGUAGAUAGAGUACCU